GUUCUAGCCCAACUAUAACGUGUAUGUAACGUGCUAUGGUGCGGGACUAGUAUCCUCCCUUACAGCUUUUCUCUGUAUAAAACUGCGAGGUGCAACUGUUGGUGACACACCCCUUUCCUCCUGGGCGCAUAUGGUAUAUUCCGGUGAGAUGCUGUGCGGAGCUCGGUGGGCUAUAGUGUCUGGCGGACAGAAGAUCUCGUGAAGGUUUUCGUGUGAAUCACAAAUGGUCUGGUAGCGGUUGAAUCCCGCCACAGCCAGCCUCUGUAGUGUAUCUCGCACCAGCUUACCAGCUCACUCCAGUACCGUUUAUCGCAUCCGAGAAUCUCAACUCGAGCGAGCUAGACUCAGUCGACUCGCCUGCAUCUCUUCCCAAGGAUAACCAGUACAGCGCGCAGGAAUGUAAAUAGCCCGCUGCCAUCUAUCAGAGAAGUGACGCUUUGGCAUGGAACUUAGUACGCUCAACGCAUGCAAAGGGAAUGAGUGAGAGAGAGAGUGGGAGAUGAACCAGAUGAACAGCAAGCCGUAUCAGUCCCUCUCCAGGGCUCGUCCAGACAUGGAGCUGCGCUACUCCAGCUCCUCGGAGGAGAGCGAGGAGGGCACCGACCGCCUCCAGCAGCCGUACAGCCACACGCACGCCGACUACAGCCACGACCGCAGGCUCGCCUACAACAGCCACCGCGUCAAGAGGAAAACCAGCCAACAGCCAAACGCAGAUGAAGACUUCCUCCACGCACCCUCUUCUCAGCGCCCGUAUGCCGGUGGCGUGUCCGUCUGUGGCGGUUCCGACCCGGACACAGACCCCGAGGGCCCGGCCUCGCCAGACCACGCCCUGCACCUGUGGAUGCAGGAGGUGAAAUCGGAGCACGGCUCCGGCCUGUCCAGCCGAGCCAACUCCAUCCUGUCUCUCACCGACACCGAGCAGGAGAGGAAGUCCGACAUGGACAACGGUAAGACACCGCUGCUGUCAUCACACAUACAAGUCAACGUACACAUGGAAACAUAUACAUACAUAAAAUAG